CAUUUACAGCGGUACAUCGGUUGGUCCUCUAAUGAAACCACACGAUUUGUCAGAACUCAGGACCGGAGACUUGUAUCUGCGCAUCUCUGUCGGGCAUGAAGCAGCAAUGGGCAGGCAGCUUUGAAGCUUUGUGAUAUUGUACACUAACCUUCAAGCCGCAGCAGCAACAGUUGUGUUGUGGAAACCGAGAGGAGACAGGUAGGUGCUGUCAGACCACACUGUUGUGUUGGGGAGCGGAAUGAUAUGGUGGAAGGUGCAGGUUUACAGCAGAGCACAACGUAGUUCCUGAAGAACACUCCGUCGCUUUACCUCCUCCAUCUGAGCUUGUUCACCCCUACACCCCCCUCCAUCCCUCCAUCCCCAUCACUACACCCUCCUCUCUCCACUCCUCCAUUCCUCCGGCCCCUCACUCCACCCACCUAUCUCUCCACCCCUCCACCCCCCUCACUCCAUCCUUCCACCCCCCCUCUCCGACCACCACCAUGUCCGACACUCUGACUCUGAGCGUGAGGCAGCUCAGCCGUCUCCCCCACAUCUCUGACCUCCUCGUCUCCCUGCCCUCCCCCAGCCCCACAGUCCCCGCCUACCUCGUCCCCAGCCUCUUCAGGGAGCCCUACAUCCUUUCGGGCUACCGGCCUGUGGGCCAAGACUGGCGCUGCUACCUCCUCAGUCUGUUCCAGAGGCACAACGAGUCUCUGAACGUGUGGAGCCACCUGCUAACGGGGCCCCUGUUGCUGCUGCGUUUCUUGGCCCUCGUAGGGGCCUGGGGUCCCAGCCUGGAACUGGCCUCCCUGCCCCUCUGCCUCUACCUGCUGUCCGCCCUCACCUACCUGGGCUGCAGCGCUGCAGCACACCUGCUGCAGUCUCACUCGGAGCUGGCCCACUACUCGUUGUUCUUCCUGGACUACGUGGGGGUGGCUGUGUACCAGUACGGCUGCGCCCUGGGACACUACUUCUACUGCUCGCAGCCUGCCUGGAGGGAGAGCAGCGUGGGGGUCUGGUACCUCCCUGGAGCCUUCCUCCUGGGGUGGCUCUCCUGUGCUUCCUGCUGCUUCGCCAAGUCGCGCUAUCGCCGACCGUACCCGCUCCACCGCAAGGUGUGCCAGCUGGUGCCCACCAGCCUGGCGUACCUGCUGGACAUCAGCCCCGUGGCCCAUCGCCUGGCCACCCAGACCUGGAAAGAUGACCCGGCGCUGCCCCUCCAUAGCUUCCAGGUGGCUUUCUUCCUGCUGGCUGCCUUCUUCUUCUCCUGUCCCAUCCCUGAGCGCUUCUUCCCGGGUCGCUGUGACAUCCUGGGCCAGGCCCACCAGAUCUUCCAUGUGUUUCUGUCACUGUGCACCGUCUGUCAGUUGGAGGCCAUAGCGGGGGACUACAGCCGGCGGAGGGAUACGCUGCUGGAGGUGUAUGGAGAGAUGAAGCUGUGCUUCGCCGGUGUGUCUUUCGUAGUCUUGGUGUUUUGUACUGCCCUGACUGCUUUUCUUAUGAGGAGACAAGUUAAGAGAAGACUGGGCAAAGGACAGGAAUGAUGUGGAGGAGAGGAAUGGAGAGAAAGUGGAGGAAGAAUGAUAGAUAUCUUCCCUUUCUUUUAUUUGUAUACAGUUUAUUGUAUUGCAAAUGUGAAUAGUGUGAAUUUAUAAAUAUAUUUUUUCAUGCUCAUACUAUAAAUUAUCUAAAUGGGUUGCCUUAAAUAUAAUAUAAUUUGGGGAUAUUAAUGCGUUUCCACUGCAUCUAUUAGUGGUCAUUCUUGAAUGAAAAAUUAAGUACAGUAAUCAGAUCAGACUUCGUUAUCAACAGGCUUGCGUCUGACUCUCACGUCUGAUACAAUGGACCAGUCACUGUUAAAGUUGCAGUCAGCAAAAUAUUAAAUCUGGAUUAAAUCGUACCAAGCUUUACCGAGUUGAAGCAGGGGAUUUGAGCAAACAAAGGGCAGUUGUAAGAAGUGGAACACACUGUAAUUUGGUCGUGGGGGAGGCAGCACAAUUUCCACCUGAUCUGAUUAUGGAUGAGUGAGAGGUCUUAGAGGAACACUAGGGAAUUGAAAACCGUUGAGAGAUGUGUUAACUCUUGGGCUUGCCUGCAUGAUACUGGAGCAUAAAAAUGUCACCAAAUCUCAAACUGGUCAAAAAAUCAAGACUGCAUGCUGAAAACAAGCUCUAUUCCUGUCAGACUGUGCUGCCUUUGAUCUCAUGAUAUUUCCUCAAGUGCUCAGGAUAUAACCUAUUUCAGUGCAGGUGCGUAGCCACGGGUAGGCCUGGGUAGGCACAGGCCUACGCAAUUUGUUCUAAGGCCUACCCAAAAACGAAAAUAUCUCUGAAAAAUUAUGCACCGGGUGCACAUCGCAUAGUAAAUAAGUUUUAAAAAAAUAUGAAAAGAUGCCUAUCCAUAUUUUUCUAGGCCUACCCAAAAAGAUUAUUAUGGCUACACCCCUGUUUCAGGGGCUGCAUUCCAUGUCAAUGAAGUGGUUUCCUUACAUUCCAUGGUCCCUCGUUCCCUAGCGAUCACAGAUCUACCCAAGCAUUCCAUCAGUCUCAAGAGAGUCAGAAGGGGAGAUUCUGGUUGGUUGACUUCAGAUACUAUGGAAUAAUAUAUUACGGGGGGGGGGGGGGGGGGGGUGAGUCACUGCUGCAUUCCCACCUGGCAGGUCUGUGGAGGAUUUUGGGUGUGACCAGAAAGGGCCCUGAUCAAACAUUCCAGAAUCAGUCACCUAGAUCUGUGAAAACUCGACACACCCAUUCAACUUGUGGUCUUGCACCAAAACAAAGAUGUGAUUGUGAUCAGCUCCUUGGUGAUUGAUCUAGUGGGUUGCAGCCAAUCCCAUUAGUUCCUGGUGGAGGGAAAGGAUUUAUGCCUGCUGGUAACUCUUGAUGACUAGUAGAAUCUCUUUUUGAAAUAAGAAUCAGUCCCUUGUCUCAGAUAUGUUUGUGAAUUAUGUUUGUUUUUCCUUUAAGCCCUAGUCACUGUAAAACUGACCACAGUAGCAAUAUGGUUAUUUGGACUCUCAAGAGUCACAUUGUCUUGUAGUUUGCUAAAGUAUAGUAAACUACCUGUAGAGGGCAGUAUUGUCACACACGUCAUUGAUGUAGACAUGAAAACAGUUCUGCUGUAUUUGAUGUAAUAAAUCAUUAAGGGAAAAAAAGGAUGUAAUCAGAUGUUAACAUUCACUCAACAGCAAGUGUUUUGCUUGACGUCAGAAAUGUGACAGCACCAGUUGCCAACGCCUCUUUCAUGCUUCCAAGCAGUUUUGUGUAGACCACUGGUAUGUCAGGUAUCAUGAUACACAUCAGUGCUGAAGACUUUAGACUCUUCCUGGAGGGCUGGGGAGACAGCAUAAGAUGUGUCCAGGUGAAGGAAAUUUCUCAGUUGGAUAGAUCAGAGGGGAGAGACUGGUCUACUUUUCUUGUCAGCUGCCAACCAAGGUGACGGAACCAAGAAGAACUUCCAUCAAACCCAAAGGAGCUGAGAAGAAAAGAUAGGACAGAGAACAGAAAAGGAGAAGUAGAGAGAGAUAGACCAUGGCUCCUGUGGCAGAGGGGGUUUCUGACUGGACCCUGAUCGGAUCCUCUUCUCUUGAGGUGUGCACGACCUCCCUCCUCCUCCUGGUCACCCUCAUCACCCUCCUCGCCAUCUGCAUUCGCUGUCACAGAAAAACAGAUGCCCAGACAAAAUCUGAAAGUGCAAAAACCAAGAGUCAGAAUGGCACAAGCACGAGUCAGAAGACCAGUAAUGGAACCAGUGUGAAAGGCCAAGAGGGUGUGUAUGGCACGCAAUGGAAAGACCACAAAAGCAUGCCUGAAGUUCCCGACAUCCCGAGCCGCAUCCGAAACACUCUCCCAAGAACACCAGCCAGUGACCCUGACCUAUGAUGUUGAGGACAUUUCCAGGGCCCACUCCUCCCUGCCACACCCCUCCAGACCCACCAGACCCCUGUCGCCCCCUCACAUCAACCCAUCAAAGUGGGACCCGAUCUCGUGACGAUUCCAGGACCAUCCAUAAUCUUGACAUCAACCUCUGUGCUUCAAAACCCACUCAGCCCACACAGCACGAGGGCCCAGACCUCAUGCAGGAGACAUAGAAAGAGAGAGACAGAAACAGAGAGACAGGAAUCAACAGCUCUUGUGGUUCUUACAUUCACAUGCUUACACUUUGACUUAAUUUAAUGCCACCGAGUUUACUUCUUUACUCUGUAACCCUGGAUGAUUAUCAUGCAAUUCGGUGAUUUGAGGAUUCCUUUUUAAACUUAAAAUGUAUUUUUUUGCA